UCUUUUUUUCUUUUCUUUUUUUCUUUCUUUUUUUUCCUAUAGCCCACCCUUGUGUGGAGCGUUUUACGCACAGGUGGGAGAUACCCGCUCAGCCUAGGACAGCCCCCCUCUCUGCUCCUCAGCGGAUGAUGUGAGGAAGUGACAUUUUUCACUGCUGCGGUUCGGGACACCACGGCUUCCUCUGCAAACAGGUGUUCUGCUCUCUGGGUCACUUUUACUAGGAAACCGCAGGGAGGUAUCGCGUGCUAUUUCCCGAGUCGAGACGCGGGACAGCGGGGACCAGAAAAGGAAAAUUAGACCCGUUCAAGUCUCUUUAUUAGCCUGGGCUGUUUGAACGGGUUCAGACGGAGAGAGAGAAAGGGAGAGAGAGAGAGAGAGAGAGAGAGAGUGAGGGAGAGGGGGAGCGAUGGCAACGAAAAAGGCGUGCGUGGAUGCGCCCAAAAGGAGCCGGAGUCCGGUCGUGUUGGAGGCUGAGAUGUUCAGAGAAUUUCAGGACUGGUGUCUCCGAACUUAUGGAGACUCCGGUAAAACAAAGACCGUCACCCGGCGAAAAUAUAACAAAAUCAUGCAGACACUGUUGCAGAACGACGAGUCGGACGGCGUUUAUGUCGACAACAGCCACAUCAACGCAAAAUUCAAAUUUUGGGUGAAGUCCAAAGGAUUUCAGGUCGGAACCAACGUUCUGGGAGAGCACAACAAGAAAGGAGCACCGGGGAAACCCGUCCUAUAUGUCCCGGUCAAGUCAACGUGUUCAGAUGGGAAUUCAACCCAAGACAACUCUUCCCUGAAGCGCGUGGCCGUCGUUGAAGACUUCUUUGACAUCAUCUAUGCCAUGCAUGUGGAGAUGGGUGCUGACCCAGGCAGAGCACCCAAACAUGCAGGCCAGAAGAAGACCUACAAAGCUAUAGCAGAGACCUAUGCCUUCCUGCCCAGAGAGGCGGUGACUCGGUUCCUAAUGAGCUGUGGAGAGUGUCAGAAGAGGAUGCACAUUAACCCUAGCACUGCAGAGUUCAAAGAAAAUGACAGACCCACCUCGCUGGUCCCGGACCUUAUUGACUACAACAUGCCUCUUACUGCCACCUACCUGAAGCAAAUGAAACUGCAGUGCAUGACUGCCACUGAGAGGGAUGACAGUUCGGUGAGCAGCGAGGACAUGAACAACGCUGAGCCCACAUGGGUCGCAGCUGAGCAGCCUGCAGUGCCUGAGCCGAGUCCACCUAACGGAGAGAGGGUCAGCAACCCGGCAGCCGUCAUAAAAGAAGAAUAUGAUGAUGACUCCUCAGAGAGCAGCAGCGCCAACGGGCUGCCGGCCCUAACCUCCCCGGAGGUGCUUGCUGUGGGUGGGAACCCCCCAGAUGGUGGGGCCUCUUACGGGGAGGUGACAGAGAACGGUUUGAGCGCUCCUUUGGACUUCAGCACCACCUCAUCCUCGUCAUCCUCUGAGGAUCAGCAGCCGGUCAAUCUGAGCGACAGGCUGCUGCCAGUCGGGAGCUCACCGCCAAACUCCUUCCCUGCAGACGCCAACAGGAAGUACCCAAUCAAAACAGAGCUCAAUAACAAGUCCCCUCCUUACAGCUCAGGAAGCUAUGACUCUGUGAAAACUGAACUGAGCAUGAGCGUAGAGGACUUGACCUCUGGUCGGGCACAAAUAAUUGAUGAUGAUGAUGAUGAUCAUGAUGACCACGAUGACAAUGACAAGAUUAAUGAUGCUGAGGGGAUGGACCCGGAGAGACUUAAAGCCUUCAAUAUGUUUGUGCGCCUGUUUGUGGAUGAGAAUCUGGACCGCAUGGUGCCGAUCUCCAAGCAGCCCAAGGAGAAGAUCCAGGCCAUCAUUGAGUCCUGUAGCCGUCAGUUCCCAGAGUUCCAGGAGCGCUCCCGCAAGCGCAUCCGCACCUACCUCAAAUCCUGCCGCCGCAUGAAAAAAGGCGGUUUUGAGAUACGACCAACACCUCCUCACCUCACCUCUGCCAUGGCUGAGAACAUCCUCGCUGCAGCCUGUGAUAGCGAAACCAGAAAUGCUGCCAAGAGGAUGCGACUUGAUGUCUACCAAGCGACGGACGAACCCACCUCUGACAAAUCCAUCUCGAGAGACCUGGCCUCUGUGGCGCCGUCAGGGUUUUCCAUUUCCAGUGCGGCUUUUGCCCAAGAUCAGCUCUACACCAACGGAGGCCUCAACUACAACCUGCGGGGAUAUGGGACAGUAGGCAGCAACCAGCAGAGCUCUGGUGCUGCACAAACCAACGGUCCUACAGAUCUGAGUAUGAAGUCCAUCGGCCCAAACUCCUCCUCCAGCUCCAACAGUCACGGCCAAGGAGGUGGUGGUGGUGGAGCUUCGGCCCAGCUCAGCCCCCCAGAAGUGACGGCGGUGAGGCAGCUCAUCGCAGGUUACCGAGAGUCUGCGGCCUUCCUGCUUCGCUCUGCAGAUGAGCUGGAAAACCUGAUCCUGCAGCAGAACUAAGUCUGAGCCAAACCGUGCCAACACCCUCCCCCCUCCAGCCUGUCCAUCUCUGUCGCUCUGUCACACAAUUGGGCAGACUUUCAUACACAAAGACACAACUGUGAUACUUCAGUGCACAGUGGGUUCUGUAGGUAUGUUACCUUUACUUAUUCCCACAUAUUCAUGUAUUUGGACAGGCCAAAACAUAUCACAGGCUGGAAAUUGUUUAUUUAUGCAUUCAGUUCACUUUGACCUUAGUGCCCUGUUUUGUGUAGCCAUUCAUCCCAUUCAUUUCAUCUUGCCACCGGAACCGCCAUUUGUCUCAGGAAGUGAUGAUCUAAGUUUAAAAAAAAAAAGAAGAAGAAGAUAUGUCUUGUAAAACAGACUGAGGUGUUGAAUUAGCUUAACCACUAAAACACUAAAUGUGCAGAUGUGUGAAGAAAUGAGGAGUUAAAUAUCAGUGACUCAGCACCAUUACUCUUAUUUUUACACUAAUGUAAAUUACCCUGUACAGUGGCAUGAUUUGAUUGGGCUGUCUGAGUCGAGUCAUUUCCAAAUCCACAGAGGAAUCGCUGCUAAAAAAUGUGGCAGCCUGCCACUGACCUGUUAACCUCAACAGUUACGUCUCGGAUGUGCUGACUUAGAAAUACACAAAAGGAAAAAACAAACAAACAAACAAAAAAAAAGCAAAACAGGAAAAGCGAUGAACAGAAAGAAAAUAUAACAGCAUGAUAGUGUCAGAUCCAUCCAAUAUGUGGUCAAGAUUCUGCUUUGUUGGAGAGGUUUCCACACACUUCUGUAUGUGGCUCAUUAUCCAGUGCAACUUUACGUUCAGUUAGUUUACUGUGGAUCUUUUUAUGACAGCCAGUUUCUCAUUUCUGAAAAGGUGGAAGGCUUUUAAGGAGCCUGGGUAUGCAAAUUGGGGUCACAGAUACCUGUCAGGGAAAAAAGGAGAUUAAUGUAGUGUUUAGACUCUUGGUUUAGAACCAGAGCUAUUGGAAAAUGGAAAAAAGGUGCAAUAUUGAAGAUAAUCAGUAAUGCUUACUGAGAUGACAGCGUUUCAAGAGGCCAGUGCUUCACCACAAUCCUCUCCUGCUGUAACAGUCAAGCUGUAUAAAGAAGUGAUAUCCCAUGCAGCAUUGUAGCCAAUUUUAAUGUUGUUUGUUGUGAAUACUAACCUCAUAACUGAGGCACUUUCAUGUAUUGGGAUCAGUGAUCUGUUGUGACAGAAAGGAAAUGGGACCUGACAUAAAAAUUAGGCUUAAUGUUGCACGUCUGUUUUACUUUAAUGUGUUUUUUUGUGAGAGAAGUGUUCAGUGAGCAAACUUAAGGGCACAUAUAUACAUGCAUCUGCUACAAAGAGUCAAAUGGAUGCAGCUUGAGGACAGGAGUGUGAUGCUCAGACAAAAUACACUCCUGUCCACAUGUCCAUCGUUCCCCACCGACUUCAGCGGUUUCUAACUCUGAAUCACAUCUCCACUUCUUUCUUCAUCAUGUCAGAAUACACACUGUUUGAAAAGAAGCAAGAGACAAUCUUUGAAAAAGAUCCAGUCGCAUCCGAGUUUACUCUCCCUGCUUUCUGCAAUGGUGUGUGUUUGUGUGUAUGUGUGUUUGCGUUGCGGUCUGAGGACACGCAAGAAUUCUCAAAGUGGAUCCAGAGCACAGUUUCACAACUUUAACCGGUGAGUCACUCAGCACAAAAACAGUGGUGUAAGUGUGUGUUUCUUCUUAAAUCUCUUUUUUUCUUUUGUUGGUGUAAAUCUUGGUGUUUGCUGUGUGCUGAUUUUGUCUUUGCGUGUAAGUGGAGUGACCCAGUUUGUACAACAUCAAUCUGUGAAGAUUUAUUUCAGUAGGCUGAAACAUUCCAAACAAUGACAAUGACUCUUCAAGCAGCCAAAAAGUGGCUUGCACCUUAUUGAUUUGUCAAAAUUUAGAGAGAUAUAUUUCUGUAUUUAUCACAUAUCUCAUCAUAUGCAUCAUUUAUCUGCUUUACUGUCAUCCACCGGUCUCUCACCACAAAACAAAAAGCUGGACAUGCAUGUCCUAAAUUACCAGUUUAGAUUUCAUCACCGUGCCAUGAUUGGACCGUUUCACAUUUACAUUCAAAUUCUAUUAUCUAUUGCAAGUUUGGAAGCACUUUAUUGCUCAGGAUUAAAGUAAGAUUAAAGUAAAACAGUGAUUUUAGUGUGUUUAUACCUCAUUUGGAAUAUCAGCUUCUGUUCACAUGCUGAGAACUGAUUACAACAAAAGACAAUUUGACACAGCUUACAAUCAGAGGCAGUCCUCACGUCUUGGAAAAAACUGCUUAUUAGAAGCUUAGUUUGAACUCAUUAUUGCGUAUGGCCCAUCUGAGGGGUGUUUCAUAACAGAGGCUGAGAGAGGGAAGGCUACUUUCAAAAGACUGUGUUAAAUUAGCACACUGAUUAAAUUGUCCAUACAUCUACAAAAAGGCAACACAUUGAGCACAUAAGAUGAGAUUAAAAUAUUUGUUAGGAAACAAAAAGAUAACUUAGUCUGUGGUUUGCUGUGUAUUUAGUUGUUAUUUGGUAUGACAUUAACGUUUAAAAUCUGGCUUUUGUAGCUUUUGUUCCCCUUACUGUUAAAGAUAAAUAUAGAAUUGUAGAUUUACAGGCAUUAUUUGUGAACUUUUUGCAUCAUAUUAAUUUAAUAAUAAAACUCUUUUCAGUUGUUUAAACUGGUUUAAAUGUUGUAAAUAAAAAUUAGACAACAGGCCCUGACCAAAUGUGAGUGUGGCUGCCUAAACUUAGGCCACAUGACCACCACACAUAGCUUACAAGAAAAUUGCCAUAUUUCCUUGUGGUGCUAUUAUGGAAAGAAAGGCUUCUCGUAUUAGGACCACUUUUAUUACUAAUACUAGUUUUAAUACUUGCCAUGUCCAGGCCAACAGCUGACAUCUGGACCAUAUAUAGCCUACAGGAGACUUGCAUAAGCCAAGCCAGGCUGGCAACAUCUGGUCCACUUUUGGCCCAUACAACACUUAUAGCUUUUUUUAGCAAAUAUCAACUCAAUGCAUAGUUGUUAUGCUACAGCUUGACUACAAUGUUUUAUUUAUAGCUCUCAUUUUUUAUUUUUAGCUGUUUUCAAUCACAAUCCUACAAAAAAUCAAAUAAAUCUCAUAUGUUUGUCACCAAACAGCUGGCAAAAGUGUGCACAGUGGAGAAUUAGGCAGCUAAAUGGACAAAUGUUAGCAUCAAGAGCCGGUAGAGACAAAAACAGAACUGAAACGGGGCAAAGACGACUCUAGAUUCAUCAGGUCAGACAUGAUAAGGAGGUCUGCACAGAAAGAAAACCAGAAGUCCAAACCAUAGAGGGUCAUUCUCCUCCACAGAGAAAACUGAGUUCAGGCUUCACCUCUUUUACUUGCCAACAUCACUGUGUAACACGUUUGCAUAGUUCUAGUUUAUAGGCUAGUUAGUGCAGCCCUCAAAAACAAAGAAAAAAAGAGAGAGAGACCAAAUUUCAUGUAUGUUGCCGUUUUUUUUUUUUUUUUAAACCAAUAAGCUGCCCCGUUACAGAAGGCUGGCCCUCUCUACAGGGAGGGGCUUAAAGAGACAGUGGCUUAAAUGAAGCGUUUCAGACAGAAGGCAUCACAAGGUGCUGCAACACUGCCCAGUAUGAGAAAACAUGUCAAGUUUUUAAUCCUUAAAACAUGUAGAUUUUCAACUCAAACCCUUUAAAAUAAAAUUAUUAACUUAAUAAAGCACAAAAUGUGGGCUCUUUAAACUUUUCCGAAACAGAAUUUCCACCUUGCAAAUAUAAGUCAACUUGCCUCAUCCUGCUUAUGCAACACCCCUCUGAGCUCAAACAGAUCCUCAGUCCUCACGUCCAACCUUCUCGUUUGUUACUGCAGCCAUAGCAGAACCUCCUCACUUCAUGUGCAACUCAGUGACACCACGUCAAAGCUCAUUUUCGGAACCAAACAUUUGCUUGCAGAUUGGUAUUCUGUCUAUGCUGAGCAAAAUUUUAGCUAUGUGCUGGAGUUACUGUGAUCAACGACAACCACUUGUUGUCAUGUCGUUGUUUUGUUUUUUUUCUAUUGAUGCCCAAUGGAUUUUCUCUUUGUAUUGACUGGACAAUGUAAUCUAUUGGUGUUGAUUAAAAUGCCCUGGUAGCUUGUGGAUUGCUAAAGUGGUCAGAUAAAUGUACUGUAUAGCUGUACAAAGAGUGAUAAAAGAUGUUUUAAACCUUUCUUUUUUCUGUGGGUACAGCACUGUUAAAAAAAAAUCAAAGUGGUUUUAGCCCUUGCCUGUUUUAACUUAUCAUUUUGUGAUGGUCUGUAUUACUCCUAUUGUUAUUUAUAUUAUUUGAAUUGUUGCCUCUCCUGCAGCGUUAUCAGACUGUAGCUCUGUGCAGGGGGUUGUACUGUAAACCUGUGUGAAGCUUUGUAUUUUCCCCUCUGGUUUUGGACUCAGUGAAAGUGUGAUGUUUACAUGUACAGUUUUUCAGAAUUCUUUGCGUUGCUUUGGUUUUGCAUUUUAUCCAGAUACUUUCCCCCCCUUCAUCUAUUCCCCUAAUCUGUGUACAUUUGCCUAGAUAUUUUCCUUCUGUUGUUUCAUUGCAUCAAGUGCAAACGUGACCUCUUUGACUACUCGGUCACAUGGUUAGAGUGUGCCGUGGCAGCUGGCUGAAGUCAGCUCGGCGUUGUGGAGGCUUCCAGCAUUUUAAAAGGUAAUAUUAAGUAAACGGGAGCUUCACAACUUCUCAAAGUGGACCAGCAAAGAUUUAUUGAGGAUUAAGGGGACUUUGUCAACUAUUUUAGAAUACUGUUGUGGCCUAAACGGAGAAUGGUGGGGUGUAGGUACAUUUAUUAAACUAUAUCAAGUGCUCAGAAUCUUUUAGUAUCCUGGCCGUGUUGUCAGGGAAUCCUCCUUGCCCUUAACCCGACUGGUGCCCUGAAAGGUACACUUUGACCUGUUGUAAUAUCUCCUUGGUAACAUAAAAGCCAUUCCCCUCUCCUGGCCUUUUAAGGGGAACCCAUAAACCUCAGGAAAUACUGAAUCUCCGAGUUUAGUUUUAUCCGCUAAUUUCUUCUGAGAUGAGAUUUAAGUCUCUAACGAAAACCAUUAACAUUUAUAUGAGAUGUCUAUUGUUUUGUACAUUUAUCAUUGUGAUUUAAAAGUGGAGCUUUUUCCAGUACCUGUGACUUAAUAUUUUGAUUUUUUUGGAGUGUUUAUAGGUAUGGAUAUUUAUUAUUAUAUGUGAAACUACAAAAACACAAAAGAAAAGGUUGAACCUGUUUCAUUUGUAUGUUUCAUGCAAAACUGUCCAGGUGAGAUUCUCUCUGCCUCUUACAUAUCACUAAUGAGGGACCUGUGUUUGUUUGGAAAUAGCGCUUUUUCAGUGUUGCAUCAACGCUAUGAAAAAAUAAAAAGAAAAAAAAAGAAAUAAAAGAACAACAACAGUGGUUUACCAACAGCAGAGUUGCAAAGCUCUCCUCUUCUUCUGAGAUGUCAGUAAUUGAAUAAAACA